AUGAUAAUUUUAGCAAGAAUUAUUAUAUUCUUAAUUUCUUUAUCAUUAUCGCUUUAUUCAUUAUUUGUCGCCACAGUAACCUUUAGAGAUCUAAAUUUUACGCUUACAAUUACACAUCUGAGUAAACCAAUAAUAAUCGGAUACGGUAUAAUUCUUGUUCUAAUUGCACCUUCUGGUUUAUGGGGAAUUGUUGGAUCUAUCUUGACUAUUUUUCCAUUUGUCAAUAAAGAUCAAGUCAUAAACGAUUGUUUGGGUCCAGCUACUAUGAGUGAUGUAGAUACUGCUGCUACGAAUUGUCAGAAUGAUUUUGAUUUCAAUCAAAGAGUGAGUUGGAUAAUCUUUGGAGGUCAAGAAGUUAUAUUGGUUAAUAAUAAUAAAACGAAGAAGGAUAAAAAGUCUAAAAAAUCCAAGAAACUAUCUAAUGAUGAUAAUACAAUUGAUCAAGAUACAGCGAGAAAUUAUAAUCCACAAAACUCAACACAAUUAUAUCAAGAUCUAAACUCAGUUUCCAAUCUUUAUCCCAACAGUUCAAAUCCAACUCCCAAUUUUUAUCCCAAUAAUCCAAAUCCGCCUCCUGCAUCGUUGUAUCAAAAUCAUGGUCAUGUUCGUACUCAUAGGCGUUCAAAAAGUAAUCCACAAUUAAGACCUUUACCUAAACCACCAGGUGCGGACGAAUCUCAAAUCCCACAGAUCCCACAAAUCCCAAUAAUACCAAAUUCAUCAUCAAUAAUUCCUAUUCAACCACUGUCUACACCAAUACGGCAACAGCAACUAUUUCAACAAUUUCCAGAUCAUCAUCAACGGCCAAAAAUUAACGAUUCUCGAUAUGUUUCGCAAAUGCCCAAGAGAUCUUCUACGAGUAGUCGCUUUCACCAACCAUUUCCUCCGCUAGUUGUUGAUCAAAACUUACCUUACCAGUCACUUCGCUCAAACUCUUUACCAAGUGUUUAUAAACCAAAAGAAUUAUUUGAACAAGAAUUAAGCGUUGCUCCUCCUGUUCCUUCAAUUUCAGGUAGUUCAGGGGAUAAUAAUGAACAUUCGAUUCCUGAUAGUUUAAUACCUGGUGCUUUAUCAUCGCUAGAGAACGGUAGUAAAACCGCUCUUGAGCGUUUCAUUCACACUUACGGUAAUGUCACACCUGAAAGUCCAUCAUUCAGACAUUCUGAUGUACAACCAUUACCAAAACCUAAAUCCAAUGAUGAUGAGGAUGUUAAUAACGAUGUUACUGAUAAAAAUAAUGAAAAUAAUUACGAUAAUAAGAAUAGUAUUAAUAAUAGUAUUAAUAAUAGUGACAAUGCUAAAAAUGUUAAACGUCUCCGUCCAAAAUCUGCUCAUUCUGUUAAAGGUGAGGCAAGUCCAAAAUUUAAUGUUCCUUCG